CGGCUGUAUGUUGUAGGGAAUUCCCGAGAGCUGGUUUAAAUAGAGGAAGAGCCCGCGGCAUGGGAGCGAAGCCUUGGAAAUCCUUCUUGCUUUGUGUUACGCUACAUCGAACCGUCUAUCGGCCUCGUCUCUCAAGAUGCAGCUGACUAUUCACUCGGUCGCCACCGCGGCGCUCCUAGCGUCCGGUGCUCAAGCGCUUCUCCGUUUCUCAUGUUCACAGCUAGUCGUCGAGCGUCUUGACCCGCUCGUUACCCCGGGCGUGGUUGGUUCGCCCCACGUCCAUCAGAUUAUUGGUGGUAAUGCCUUCAACAGUUCGAUGGACUACCCACGAAUGGACAUCCCUAGCGAGGCUACUUGCACUACCUGCACAUUCGCUGAAGACACAUCGAACUACUGGACCGCCGUCUUGUACUUCCGUGCCAGGAACGGAACAUACAAGCGUGUCCAGCAGAUGGCUAACUCGGGCUUCGAGGGCUCCAAGGGCGGUAUGACCGUCUACUACACGCCUAGCUACAACAGCGGCAAGGUUACAGCUUUCAAACCUGGCUUCCGUAUGAUCGUCGGAAACCCGACCUACCGAACCGAGGCCGAAGCCAAGAAGUACCGCCAGCUUACCUACACCUGCCUGGAAACCAUCCUCACCCGAACUGGGGAGACCAUGGACAUGCCGAAGAAGGUGUGCAAGAUGGGAAUCAUGGCCAACAUUCGCUUCCCGACCUGCUGGGAUGGCAAGAACCUCGACACACCAGACCACUCCAGCCACGUCUCGUACCCCGCAAGCGGGACCUUCGAGAGCGGCGGCGCCUGCCCAUCAACACACCCCGUGAAGAUCCCACAGCUAUUCUACGAAGUAAUCUGGGACACACGACCAUUCAACAACCCGAACGACUGGCCGACGGACGGCAGCCAGCCCUUCGUCUGGUCAUACGGCGACCCCACGGGAUACGGAAACCACGGUGACUACAUGUUCGGCUGGAAGGGCGACGCCCUGCAGAAGGCCAUGGACCAGAACUGCAAUAUCGGAUGCGCGGCGCUGAAGACGCAGUCGAUUUCCCAGGGAAACCAGUGCAGCAAGCAGGUUUCUGUUAAGGAGGAUAUUGAUGGCUGGCUUACGGAGCUCCCCGGUGGCAUGCCUGUUACUGGUGCUGGUGGCAAGGUUCUGUAUUAGGCGAAUGGUUGCAUGACGGUGGGUUGAUGGAAGUAAUAGAGAUCAUAAUGAAUUCAGUAAAGCGGGCGUCAGAGGCCAGUACUUAGAAGUGCGGUCAUUAAGACCGUUUGUGCAGAGCUAGGAAAAUGUCCAAUUAGUCUACCUGCUUAAAGACCGGGUCCUCUAAGUUUCAACCUCUUGGCAUAUUUUCGCUAUCAUAUGUUUAUGUUUCUUGUCCUAGUUCGCUUGGAAUUAUG